AUGCUUUUUCAGGUAGAAGAUUUCAAGCCCUUGGUCAUAUUUUUAAUCAAAAACUAUGAAGAUCUUUUUUCAUCACCCAUUAAUGGUAAUAUCGAUAAGAUCUCCCAUAUUUUCAACUAUUAUUGCAAGUCAAAAGAAGUCAAGAAGGCUGAGACUAUACCUCAUUUUUCAAGAGAGAAUUUUAUCUGUUAUAUAGAACAAUUAAACGAAAUAUGUGGUGCAUUGAAUAUUAGCGGAGACAUGAAAGAUGAGAGGCCAUUCAGAGCUGCCAAAAUCACUUGGGUCAAUUUGCCAACCUUACUAUUGCUACAUGAUAGAUUAAAUGGACUUACAGCAAAAGAAAUCAAAUUUCAAAGUUCAAAAAUGAUAACAGAAGAGGAUCUUAAGAAAAAACCAGAUCGUCUUCUCCUCGACUUCUUAGAGAAACCUUUGUUUUCGGAAAUCAAAGUCGACUUCACUAAUGGUGCCGUUAUAGAUAAUGGAUUUAACGUAAGUUUUUCUCUAUUGAAUGAUAUCUUGAAGAAACCUUCAUCAAGAGACCACCUUGCAAAGCAAAAAGCUGCUUUAAAGGUAUCCAGGAAACGCUUCUCUGAGAUCUGUAACGACACUAGUCACAACAGUACACUUUCGAGUAUUUGUUUCAAUAAGAAGGACUACUGUCAACAAGGGACGAGAAAUGCUUUCCCAAGCGAUCAGACGAUUCAGCAAAAGUUGAAUCUGCUUCAACAUUUGAUGUCUCGGGAAAUCUUUAAGUGUAGUCAAACAAAAGUUCAUUAUUUACCUGUGUUGAAUAAUAAUACUGAUAUGAAUUUGGGUGAUUGUUCUUACCUUGAUACUUGUCAUAAAAUGAAAGCCUGUCGGUAUUUACAUUAUUACACCUUAAAGCCACCUCAUUUACAAGACAAAGUCUCUAAGGAAGAGCAAGCAUCAAACUAUGAAUAUACUAUAGGAGAAUGUUUCACAGAAUAUUGCAGAGAACAAAUACCUGCGCAGUGGAUCAACUGCGACGUCAGAUAUCUUCCUUUUCUGAUCCUAGGAAAGUUUGCAGUCAUUAUUUCUGAUCCCGCUUGGGAUAUACAUAUGUCAUUACCAUAUGGAACGUGUAAAGAUUUCGAGUUGCUCUCCUUACCGAUGCAUGAAUUGCAGGAUGAAGGAAUCAUUUUGCUUUGGGUCACAGGAAGAUCUAUCGAAAUAGGACGCAAGGCCCUCCUGAAGUGGGGAUAUAAAUGUUCGGAUGAAAUGAUAUGGGUUAAAUUGAACCAGUUAAAAAGAACAAUUGUAACAGGAAGAACUGGACACUGGCUCAAUCAUUCAAAGGAGCAUUUGCUAGUUGGAAUCAAGGGUAACCCUUAUUGGUUAAACAGAAAGAUAGAUACGGAUGUAAUUGUAAGUGGGACACGAGAAACUUCACGAAAGCCUGAUGAAGUUUACGAUAUCGUAGAAAGAAUAGUUGGGAAGCACUCAAGAAAAUUGGAAAUUUUUGGUAGAGACCACAACAUAAGACCAGGGUGGUUGACGAUCGGGAAUCAGUUGCAAGGAACGUAUAUUUACGAACAAGAUGUGAAAUCGAAGUACGAUCACUAUAAAUCUCAAAGUUCUAACCACAAGGUAUAA